UGUCCGAGUAUCCUCAACGUAUUUCGCGACCACCGAUCACGUUAGAUCUUUUCGUGGUGUAAUAUGGCGAUGGUACAACGGCUCGACUUGCAAUUAGCCGCGCGAUAAAAUCUGUGAAUCGUCCUGGUGGCUGCUCGGAGGGGUUACGAUACUUUCACGGACUUAAGAUUAGAAAUAAUACCAGACGAGGACGAUGAUACUUCUAUCGCGAUCUUCCGAGUCUACGCGAAGCUUCUUCGUUGGUGCUCUUGUGUUCGGAGUGUACGCAUUGCUGAUUUCCCAAAACGCCACAAAAGCAGACGAAGAGCCAGCGUUCUUCCUGAAAAUUGUGAAGAACAUACCACGUGUUGGUCGAAGCGACGGUUACGACAACCUCUUCUUCAAGUCGCGGAAGAACGCUGGAGUCGGACAGCACGACAGUGGAAUGCAGCCUGAACCCUGGUCGUCGCGUGAAAACGAGGAAGCUUUUGCAGGGCCCAUAAAAAGGCGCAUACAGUAUUCAGCGGCUGACGGCGAAUGGACCUGGCAGAACUUUCCUCUUGCGAUAGAGGGGCCACGAGAACUUUGGCGAACUUUGGCUGGAUACUCCAAAGACGCAAUGGACGAUAUCGACAACGAAGUAUGGAAACGGAAGAAGAGGACAGGGGAUGAGCCUGCAGGUUCGCAAGAGAAUUAGCGUAAACGGCCUACGACGCGGUUAUGGUGCUCGUCGAAGAAUAUACUUAAAGCUUACUCUCGGUGUAAG